AUUGUCGAUGUGACGCACCAAUCAUUUUGCGACAGUUUGACCUUCAAGUGCUCGCAACCCCCAUCAGUGGACGAUACCCUAGGAGCGUUGCCUAUUUUUCCUCGCUGACAUGGUCCCAUCAAAAAAUGACAUAAAGUUCACAUGGCUUGCAGCUUGUUUUGUCAGUUUAUAUGGUCUAGGAUCAUGGAUUGUUGUUAAUGGAUUGUGGGUUGAACUACCGUUAUUGAUCAAUGUUCUACCAGAAGGUUGGAGUUUGCCUGCUUACCUGAUAAUCAUUAUACAAAUAGCAAAUGUGGGACCAAUGAUCUAUGUUCCGUUGACAAAAUUUUUCCAAGCUAAAACAAAUGGAUUUUGUUCACGUUGUUUACAACCACCUGAAAGGAUAGCCAACUAUUUAAUACUCGCCGUCGGUCUAAUAUCAUGCAUAUUGAUUUCGCAGUUUUGGAACUCGGUAGCUUAUGUAUCAAUAUUAAAACCCGGUUACCAUAGUAUUGGAUUAUUUGUUUUAGCUUUGUUUGCUUCAAUUGUUGAUUGUACAUCAUCGGUUACAUUUAUUACCUAUUUGAAUGGAAUGCCUCAAUUGUAUGUAGGUGCAUUACAUUUCGGUGAAGCAUUUAGUGAUUUAGUUCCAAGUAUAUUAGCCCUUAUUCAAGGAGUUGGGUCAGAACCGGAAUGUAUCAAUAAAACAGUUAAUGAUACACUUCAUGUGGUCCCUUUUUAUCCACCACCACGUUUCUCUGUCAGUACAUUCAUAUAUCUAUUAUGUAUUGUUUUGUUGUUAUCUUUAACUGCAUUCACAUUAUUGGAUUGUUCACCUAUUGGUUUAGGUCAAGUUAUUCAUGAACAUUAUCGAAAAACUAAUUUCAUAUUAGAAUCUAAUGCAAAUAUUCAUAGCAUAAGUCACAAUAAUCUAGAAAGAUUUAAAUCAAAUGAAGAUCAACAUAUUUCUAAUGAUAUCUUCGAAAACAUUCAAAAUGUUGAUGUUUCUGUGUUGAAUCAUAAUGAACAAGCUGUACAGUCUCAUAAUGAUGUUAAUAUUACAAAACAGCUUGGACCAAACACAUUUUUAUCAUGUUUACUUAUCAUUUACAUUAGUGCAUCAAAUUAUGGAUUUCUACCAGCCAUACAAUCUUAUUCAUGUGCUGCGUAUGGCUCGCUUACAUAUCAUUUAGCAGUUACACUGUCAGGAUCAUUCUCUGCUGCAAUGACAGUGUUAACUACAUUUCUUGUCAAUCAUUAUUCUAGGGAAAUAGAUAGUACUGAUGAAUCAACAUUCGAAAAUUUGCAAACUAUGAACCAUGAAUUAAAUGAACAGAAUCAAAUUUGUUACAUACAAAAACCUGACAUAAUUAUGCAUAAUGCAUAUACGCGUUCACUUCAAAAUAAAUGGAUUAGUAUUUCACUCAUCUCUUUGAUACCUGUUGCUUACGUUAUAUAUUUGGCGAGUUCAAGUCCCAAUCCACCAUAUUUGGGUGGUUUCGGUUCUGCCAGUGCUAUCCUGGCUUGGAUUGCGAUACGCUGUUUAUUUGCCAGUUUGCGCACAUGGAUAUGGAUGAGUUUGUCUAGCCAUUCCCAUAGACCAACGCGACUCAGAUUAGCUGGGUUAUCUACACAAUUCGGAGCAGCACUCGGUGCAAUUUUAGGCUUCAUAUUAGUUGUUUAUUUUCAGCUAUUUAAAAAUAAACUACCUUGUCUUCAAGUGUAAUUUUUAUUGAAACUCAUGUAAUAAUGUCUUUCAUACUUCAACAUAUUUAUGUAUAGAUCAUAUUUCAGAAAUGGCAAAAAUACAUUAUUGUUGAUUACUUAGCUAGUAUUUUUAAAGACUAAUUUCUGUGUAUUUAUGAAUACUAAUUUAUUGUAGGUAUCUUAUAAUAUUUUCGUAAUUAUAUACUGUUUAUCUGUGACGAUUUGUCAUUUUUCAGGGCUUCACUUAUACAUUGCUUGAUUUUGCAACUACAAAGCAGUAAAUUUAUUGGUCAACAUGUUAGCUGUUGAAUUUUGUUCACGAAAAGAUUUGACGGUCAUUCUGAAAAUUAGCUACAGGUUUUGUAUGAAAUUCAGGCAAUGAUUUAAAGAUAAAUUUCAGAGGUGAAAGUAGGUAGCCGCAAACAAACAAUUGUCCAGUAAGCAUAGUAAGGAAACAUGAGCUACUUAUGAUAAUAUCUAUUCACAAGUUGAAUGAAGAAUUGAUAUAUAACGAACAAUGUUGUAAGCAAAGGUGGAUGGUGGCUAGCAGUGGGAUCCAGGACGCGCGUUCCUUCCUACUUCGGACCCGUCAGUUGAAUGUACCUGCAUUUCAGAGUUGAUGAUCGUUCAGGACUCAAACUCAGCACCGUUCCCUUCAAGCGCCAUCGUCUUAUCCACUUUACUACUGAGCUCUGAUAGCCACUAGCUUGUGAAAUGGGUUGAGUUUUCAAUUCAAUUUUGUAUUCGUACAGGAUACACAUGUGCCAAUAAUUGGCUGAUCAAUUGCAGUCCUAAACAUCGAUGGAAAGAUUCAAUUAAACAAUAAAAAAUAAAUUGAAACAAUGCUAUGUUGAUGUUUAUGAACAAAUGAAGACAACGAGUGUAGCAGCAGCCCCUGCAUCAGUAGGCCUCAGUAUACACAAGGGAAAAAGCAAGAUCCUGAAAUACAACACGGAAAGCAUCAACCCAAUCACACUUGAUGGAGAAACUCUGGGAGAGGUGGAAACUUUCACGUACCUGGACAGCAUCAUCGAUGAACAAGGAGGAUCCGAUGCAGACGUGAAGGCACGGGUUGGCAAAGCAAAGCCAGCAUUUCAACAAUUGAGGAACAUGUGGAACUCUAAACAACUGUCAACCAAUAUCAAAGUCAGAAUCUACAAUACGAACGUCAAGACUGUCCUACUGUACGGAGCUGAAACUUGGAAAACUACUACAACCAUCAUCAAAACGGUGCAGGUAUUUAGAAACAAUUGUCUAUGUAAGAUACUCAAUGUUUGUUGACCGGAAAGCAUCAGCAGCAGCCUACUGUGGGAGAGAACAAACCAGCUUCAGCUGAAAAGGAAAUUAUGAAAAGACGCUAGAAGUGGGUAUGACAUACAUUAUUGAAAUCAUCAAGCUGUAUCACUAGGCAAGCCUUAACUUGGAAUCCUGAAAGGAAGCAGGAAAGAGGAAGGCCAAUGAACACAUUACGCUGGGAAAUGGAAUCAGAUAUGCAAAGGAUUAACAACAACUGGAGAGCUGGAAAGGAUUGCUCAGGACCGGGUUGGAUGGAGAAUGUUGGUGAGUGGCCUAUUCUGCUUCACGAAGGAUAAGAGGCAUAAGUGUGUUUAUGUUCAAAGACAACAAUUUUCAAGGUUAGACUGUUGAGUAUCUGUCAUAUUUACUGUGUGUGGGUGUGGCAAAUUCAUGAUAUUCCUAAAGUCUGGCACGCUGUUUAGCAGUGAAAUUAUCCAAUGACUUGAGUUCAAACUGGAACUCAUCAAAUACCAUUUCAUUUGUGUAAUAUGCAUAAAUUCCGGUACAGUUGGAUAUCAAAAAUAAAUAGAUAAUAUUCUGAAAUGAAAUCAAAAGAAUAAAACUAAAAUAAAUAACAAGAUUUCCUGGGUAGAAUCGAUUUAUUCUCUUUCGAAGCUUCUCCUCAGUUACAAACGGCCUAAAUUUACGAAGAGUAAUAUGAUGAGAAAGUUUUGAUGCACAUCAGUUAAUGAACUAGAUAUAGGUGUUUGAAGCGGAUCUGUAAAUCAUGAGAAUCGUAAGAAAUUGCGAGAAAUUUGUUAGAUAGUUAGAAUCUUUGCGUAAUUUUAGCUUGUAGAAAAACAUGGAAAUAAUUGGUAACUUUGCACAGCUACGCAAAAUACCCUUUCGCAUGUACAGUAAUUUCGUCCAUCAUGCUCAAACCAGCACUCACGAACUUUCCGACUACUAAUGAAUCACUGCAGCAUUAUUGUACGAACAUCGGUUCCUGCCAGUUUUGUUAAAGUGAUUUGCAUUUAAAAAGUACAUGCCGUACACUAACUUACAGCUUAUUAAAUAUGACUUAGAUACGUUGCGUAUAACCGCAUAAAAAGGUCAUUCGCCUACCGGAGGUCCGAAAGUUUCCAAGUUACGUUUCUACACCACUGUCAUGUACUUCCCUCAGAGUUGUUUUCAGAAUGUAGUCGAUGGCAAAGUUGAGAAGUGGUGAGGUCAGGCGACCGUGACUGUAUGUCCUCUAUAUGCAAACCCUUUAAGAGGUCAAAAAAGCCUCUUCAACAAAAAAAAAAAUCAAGAGCAACCUUGAUAUCAACAAACCCAACAUUUGUUGGUUUUUAGGAAGUAUGACAGUGCUCGAACAUUUGGUGGAGAGUGACGCUUUUAUUCCAGGACCUUUAGUAAUUUUGUAUGGUUUGAUGAAGUCUUGAGACUAUAUUUUGUUGAUAGUUUUUUAUGAACCAUCCAUUUAUACCUACCAAAACGACCGAAGUCCUCAUGAACACUUCAGUCCUCCAAAUAUGUUUUGCAUUGUUAGGUUUUAAUGACAUGGGGUUUAUUUAUUGAGAUCCUAGCAUUCAUUAUAUGCUGUUAGUUUUCCCAUAGAACAUAUCAACCUAAAUGAAUUAUAAGCAAAGAUGGAUAGUGGCUAGCAGUGGAAUCCAGGACGCGCGUUUUGUCCUGUUUGGGACUCGUCAGCUGGAUGUACCUGCAUCUCAGAGUUGAUGUUCACUCUGGGACUCGAACUCAGCACCGUUCGCUUCAAACGCCAUCGCGUUAUCCACUUAGCUACUGAGUCCUGACAGCCACUUGGUUGUGCAAUGGGGUGAAGUUUAAUUCACUUGAUAUUGUUUUACUUGAAUCUUCCCAUUGAUGUUUUAGGACUGAAAUUGAUCAGUCUCUUAUUUCAAGUAAAACAAUAUCAAGUGAAUUAAAUGAAGUAUAGUUAAAGGCGUACCUGUAGUUCACUUGGCGAAAGUAAUAAAGCUUAUAAAUUUAGUAGUGACUGUUUUACUUUUAUUUUCCGAUAAUCUGUAGACGUUUCUAUAGUGUCUUUUCUAACUACACAUAAGGCGCUUAAGUUGACAGAUUAUAAACGACAAAGUGCAGGGUUCUGUAGUGUAACGGACUCCAUAGUUUAGGCAAACAUCCUGGAUACCCUUGAUUUUUCCGUGCGAAUUGAUGGACUGUACGUUUAGAUUGGUGCGAUCCAAAAUUAGCCUCACUUUCUAUAAAUAAAUAUUCCUCCUAGUAUCCAUUAAUUUUUUGCAAAGGUCAGUCAGUUAGCUAUAACGCAGGACCAGGUACAUAUAUGCAUCGGUCCAAGCUGCCACACCUCAUUAGCACAAGAUGAACAUCAAAUUUAUAGAUGUAGUUACUUCAAUGGUAGUAUAUAAAAGACUGUGUAUAAGGAAAUACAGGGUGAAAGAAUUAGUUCGUAGAAAGAACGGCAUAAAGUUGGUGUGUGGGAAUGAUUAGUUAUUUGCUUAGUCAGACUUGUAGACAGUCUGAAAGGUAUUUGGUGAGUUAUAUAUUCUUCACCCUUAUUAUUAUUGUUGUCAGCCUUUGAUGUGGGAAUAUACUGACGUUCUAAUCAGGCUAAUCACAUGUUCUUGGUCUGAGUUUUGUUGAAGUCCUGUAAAAUGGACACUGGGAGGGGGUCUAAUGUAGAUAUUCGUCUAAGGUAAAUUAACAUCCAUUUGUGUAGACGAAAACCGAAAGUUAUAACGAAAGUAAUUUUAAUCUCAUGGUAUACACUCACUCCAGUGAUAGAUUUUUAGCUAUGUCACACAGUCUCCAACCAUUGGUUACGACAGUCACGCGGACCCCAACCAAGUAGUUUGCAUCUACCAACAUGGCUCAAAACAGAAGUUAGUGACUUCAACACUGAUGCCACGUUUUGGUUUGGCCGCCCCUAACUUUCUUCCAACCAUCCCUAACACCGGUCAGUUUUCAGGCAUACGUAACACGUGGCCCAACCAUCUCAGUCGAUGAAGAUUUACAACAUCAUCAAUUGAUUCACCAUCGUUCCCUAAUGCUACGCGUCUAACUUCACUAUUACUUACCCGGUGAUCCUAGCAGAUGCGAGCAAUAUUUCUAAGACAUCUGUGGUCAAAUACUAGUAGCUUACGAGUAUUUUCUACUCUUAAUUGCCACGUUUCGCAGCCGUAAAAGUAGUAAAGAACGUUUUGCAAAGGUAGGAGUAACAAGUGUUUAAGUACGCAGAAGUCUAUGAAAUAUUGCUCGCAUCUGCUAGGAUCACCGGGUAAGUAAUAGUGAAGUUAGACGCGUAGCAUUAGGGAACGAUGGUGAAUCAAUUGAUGAUGUUGUAAAUCUUCAUCGACUGAGAUGGUUGGGCCACGUGUUACGUAUGCCUGAAAACUGACCGGUGUUAGGG